AUGUUGCAGUAUUCAUUUGCAAACGCUUUGGAUGCGCAUAGACUCCUUGAAUGGGCAAAGCUUCUCGGUGUGACGUUAUUUGGAAGCAUUAUAUCUUUGAUUAUCUACACACUGGUUCAUCAUGCCUUCUUCCACCCUCUGGCCAAAUACCCAGGCCCCGUCCUCGCAAAGUUCACCAACCUAUACAGUGCCUACCAUGCCUGGAAAGGUGAUAUACACACAGACAUAUUGAGAUGUCACGAGAAGUAUGGGGUAUGGGUGCGCUAUGCACCGAACCGCGUCUUGAUCAACACCGUGGGCGGUCUUCGAGAUGUCUAUGGCCACGGCGCACCUGUGACCAAAGGCCACUCCUACAAGGUCCUGUCGGCUAGGGCGCCCAACACCCUGACUAUGCAAGAUAAGGUCCAACACUCUCGUCGCAGACGGGUUCUCAGUCAGGCGUUCUCCGAGAGCAGCUUGCGGAAGUUCGAGCCCGUCAUGCAGGCCCGGAUUGAUAGGUUUCUACGGGUUGUACGUGGUGCCGACCUGCAGGCAGGACAAUGGUCAGAGCCUUCGAAUAUGGCCCAUCGAUUCACACAUUUGGCAUUCGACACGAUGACUGCCCUCACAUUCGACAUCGACUACCGCACGAUAGAAGAUGGCGAGUACCGCUUCGUGAUGGACACAAUCGAGAAGUCAAAUGUCCGGCUCGCCGCGCUGUGGCAAAUGCCCAACCUGACCUUCGGGGGCCUGGAUCGCAAGCUACUACCAGAGUCAGACAAGGCAGCCAAGAGAUUUGUGUUGUUUCUCCGAUCACUGAUGAAGAUCCGGCUAGGGGAGGACAAAGCGGACAACAACGACAUUUUCUCGUUCCUGCAACAGUGCAAAGACUCGGACACGGGGCAGCAUCUGACGCUGAAGGAGCUGAGCACGGAGACGGCAACAUUUGUCGUGGCUGGUGUUGAUACCUCAUCGACGACGAUGGCUGCGAUGGCCCACUACCUUUCAUGCACGGACAAGGCCUACCGUCAAGCAGUGGAAGAGGUCCGCGCAGCGUUUGACUCGGUCGAGGAAAUUCAACUCGGGAAGAAGCUCAACUCGUGCGUGUUCCUAAGAGCCUGCAUGGAUGAAGCGCUACGCUUGUCCCCGCCGGGAGGAGGUCCGCCGUGGCGUGUCAUCGACAACGACAAGGGCAUGAUGAUCAAUGGGCAGUUCGUGCCGCCCGGAUGCGAGGUCGGCUCGGGGAUCUACGCAAUGCAGCGCAGUCCUGCGAACUGGGAACACCCCCAUCGGUUCAUACCCGAGCGGUGGGCCGACGAGGUGGAGGGCCGGCGUCCAUAUUUCCCCUUCAAUAUCGGUCCUAGAAGCUGCGUUGGGAAACCGCUAGCAAUUGCGCAAAUCAUGCUGACGUUCGCUCGCCUGCUGUUUGAGUUCGACUUCGAGAGGGCAGAAGAGACAACGAGGAGUAAAGCAAAUCUCGACAUGUUGGACUCGCAAACGAUCCCGUAUGUUCUGAGAGACCAUGUGACGGGGCAGAAAGAUGGACCGAUGCUGCGAUUCCGCCCGAGAUUCUGA